AUGUCCGAACCGGCAGUGCCCGCCGAAGAGCUGUGCUCCACCAUUUCGAACGCAGACAUUUCUAGCUCCUCCAGCAUGUCCCUCGCAUCCACGGCCAUCGACCUCAUCCACACCGGUCUGCCGCUUCUCGAACAGAGCGCAGCCGACCUGGAGUCGCUGCCGGAGAAGCAGGAUGCGGAGGCCAAGCAGGAACCGAAAGCAAUGGAAGAAGCUGUUUUGGAAACGAUAGCAGAACCACCAACAGAUUUAGCUGCGGAUGUAACAGCUGAUUCCCCAUUGGAACCACCAUCGGAACCCCUUGCGGAACCACUACCUGAACCCCUACCGAAAACUCUACAGGAACCCCUGCUGAAAUGCUUAAUAGAACCCCUACCACAACCGGUACAGGAACCCCUACCGAAACCUCUUCAGGAAUCACUACCACAACCUCUACCGGAACCACUAGUGAAACCUGUACCGGAACCUCUGCCGGAAAAUACAACAGAACCUCUGCAGGAACCUCUAGCGGAAAAACAACCACAGCCCAUACCAGAACCCCUAUCAAAUCCUUUACCAAAAGCACUACCGGAACCCCUACCGGAACCACCCCUACCGGAACCCCUACCAGAACCUCUACCAAAACCACUACCAGAACCACUACCAGAACCUCAAGAAGGUCGACCAGAGACGCCCGCUGGCAAUCCGGAGAACCAGGCCCAAGCCGAGUCGCCUCCGAGCAUCAUGGACAUCUCGAUCAGCGCUCAGAUGUCCCCGGACGCCCCCGUCUUCUAUCCCAUGGGCUCCUGUCUCGCCCGCCUGCUGACCAACGGAGGAGGAGGAGGAGGAGACUCGGGACAGGACAGUCCAAGCGUUCCGCGGAUCUCGCCGCCACGGAGCGCCUUCGAAUACGGAACUGGUCCGUAUAUCGGCCCAGGAGGCGACAUCCCGCGCAGCUAUCAGUUCAUCGAUCCAACGGCCACCGGCGAGCGGAACUUCAACAGUUUCGGACUGGGCAUGGAUGACCAGGAGAUGGACGAACAGCAGCAGGCGGCGCAGCUGGCGGAAACACCAGGCGUAUCGUGGGUGCCCUACUAUUUCGGCAGUCCGCGAACGAGGACAACGGGCGAGGAUCCUUUGUCGCCGGAAACGGGAGCAGCGAGGAGCAGGAACAACAGCAGGAGCCACUGCGAAUGCAGAGGCGAGGCAUCCGAGGUCGGGACAUCCACCGAGUUCCCAUCCUUCGAGUCCUUUGCCGGGCAACUGGACGAAAUCGGUUUGGCCCGCGACGAGUUCAUGGCAACGCUGCGCAAUCUGCUCAUCCGGGCGAAUGACCUGUUGGCGCCGCUACUCCAGGGUCCCUUCCAGCACAUGACGCCCAUCCAGAUGGCCGAGUAUACCAGCGCCAUUCUGGAGACGCCUCCCCUGCAUCCGAGUCUCUUCAUGCCGGCGAAUGUGCCACGUCCCUGGACGGGGCUCACUGGUCUCAGCCUGCCCUACGACAUCCAUCCGCACAGCCUGACGCCCGAGGACUUGGCCCGCAUCCAGGCGCUGCCCAAGCCCGUGGAUGCCGCCACCCAGACGGAGUUCCGCUGCAUGUGCAUGCUACUCUCGCAGGCAGGAUCUGCGCCAGCAUCCGGCGACCUGCGACCUCCAACGACCUCUUACUUCCCAGGACAAGCGAUGAAUGGACCACGAAUGCGGGUUCCUCCGCAGCCAUAUGCAAACCCGGGAACUUCACAGAACGGACAGGCACAGCCGCAACCUCAGCAGCCCUACGGUUUCUGGGGCAGACCCAUGCCGAUGGCGAUGCAUCCGCACCAAGUUCCGCAGCAUCGCAUGCCCCGACAGGCCGCCUUCCAGCAUCCACCGCCGCCGCAACGGCAUCCACAUCCGCAAGCGCAUCCGCAGCCGCAUCCGCGCCCGGGAAUGCAGCCCGGUCAUCCGAUGGCGCACCACAAGAUGGGCGGAGCAGUGCGCUACCCGGAGGCUGGUAACUAUCGUGGCUAUCGGCUGCCUGGUCCCUACAGUCCGCGGAAUCAGGCGAGUCGCUACGGCGCCAUCGGCAGUGAUCGUCCCGCCGAGAAUAAUGGUAAUAUUAAUGGAAGGAAUCAUUACCAGAACUCCGGCUACCGUGGUAAUCCACUCUAUGCGAGAACAGCUCUCGGCAACAAUCAACAGCAGAUGGCUUCGGUUGCUCCGAAUAUCGGUCAUCUCGGUAAUCCCAUCGGCAAUCCUGUCCAGCCCAUGGAUCUGGGCAUGCAGCUGAGAUUGAAUCUGAGUGCGGAGGAGGCGAAUGCCAGCAGACAGGUGGCCUCCGACUCGUCGCGCACCGAGUCCUCGGCCACCGAGAACACCAGCUAUCACUCGGAGCGCCGGGUGAGCGAGGAGAGCAGCUACGUGGAGGCGGAGGACGAGGAUGGGGACAGCGAAGAGGUGGACUCCGAGGGGGAGGAGGACGAGGUCGAGGGCGGCGAGGACGAGGAUGACGAUGAUGAGGAGGAAGAGGAUGAGAAUGAGAAUGACGAAGAAGAGGAUGAGGAUGAGGAUGAGGAGGAUGAUGAGCAGCCCCGUCAGCUGUCUGCUCCCGAUUCCCGUUCCUACUGCUUCGGUGAGGUGGAGUUCAUGAACUACGUCAUGUCCGAGACGCCCAUGCUGCCCAAUCCCGGCCAGCAGCCAGGAGCCGCCGCCUAUAUGGAGCACGGCCUGCCGCCAACUCCACGCUCGAAUGUGCCCUGUGCCCAGGUGACGCCCCACCACCUGCCCACCCACUUUCCAGGCUAUCGUGCUGCUCGGGAGCAGCCUUCCCAGGUCAUGCCUCCAAUGAACCAGAUGCCUCCCAUGGCUCAAAUGUCUCAAAUGCCUCAAAUGUCCCAAGUGCCUCCUAUGACCUCCAUGCCAGGAGGCAGUUACCCACCUACCGGCAUACCAGAUGGCCAGUUCAAGGAGCCACCGCCAGGAUCACAGGAUCAUUACUACAACAACCAGCAAUACAAUGCCAUGUACGGCCAACCGCGACCCAAUUUCGACUACAAUGCGAGCAUGAUGGGUCAGGAAUCAGCUCCGGUGGCAGGACCCAGCAUGUACAUGAGACCACCACCUCCCCCCACAGCAGCACCACCACCACAAGGACCUCCACCUUCGUAUCCCAUGCGACAGGAGCGCCCAAUGGCCCCCAUUCUCUUCGAGGUGGGCGGCAAUCGCAGUCAUAGCACUGGUUCGCCCAUGAUGAUGCAGAACGUGAUGAGUGCCCACGGACAUGGACGCGGUCGUGGUCGUGGUCCCAGUCGUGGUCCUAGUCGAGGUCCCCAUGGCCACCACAAUGCCUAUGGCCAGAUGAAUCAGAUGAAUCAGAAUCAUGGAAUGCCCUUCAAUGGGCAGAUGAACCAAAUGGGACAGAUGCCGCCGCACAUGCGGAACCAUCAAGUGAACCACCAGGUCAACCACAUGGGCCAACCAAUGGGCAGGGGAAUGGGCAUGGGCCUGAUGCCCCUGCCCGUCCAGAUGCUCAAUCCGAAUCGCAUGGCCCAGCCGAAUGUGCAGCAGGGAAUGCCCAUGAAUCGCUCGACCAUGAGUCCUCGCCAGUAUGCCAAUCACAAUCCCAAUGCGAUGCCCAGCUAUCAGCCUCAGCCGGAGAUGAACAAGAUGCCACCGAUGGCGGAGGGAGGAGCUGCAGCUGGAUCCUCCACACCUCGUGUGAAUUUCGCGGCCAAUGUGGCGAACAAGCCACGUGGUGGAACUCCACGUAACCAGGUGGGCACUCCGAGACCGGGAGCUCCUGUUCCUGCGCCGGUGGAAGUGGCUACUGGACAGCAGAAACCCAUCCAACCUUCCUAUGCCUCCAUGCUGCAGUAA